ACUGACACUCCCACAAUGCAGCGGGGCAGUGCAUUAACAUGGCGUCAAUGGUUGCUGUUUUAACCAGGGCCGUGGAACUUGUAACAUAUUGUGUAGAACAACACUAUGGUUACAGCUAAACAAUAAGCCGAGAUCAACCUUAGAAGUCGGAAAUUUUAGGUGGCCAGCCUCCCUGAUCAUCCUCAUUUGUGUUGUUGACUCUGCCAGGGACAACAACAGGAGAACAGGGAUGGAUGAAUCCAAAAGUCCAGUCAAAUCUUUCAAGCAGUCUCAACCCAGAGGACCCAAAGCUUUGUCCAGUGAGAAGUCAAAUAAAGAGGCUCCUGCGCAGAGAGAUGGUACCAAGUCUGCAACCCGCAGCACAGACAACCUCAAUGCUGCGAAGGAUGACCACAAUAGUCGGGGGAGCUGCGAGCCAAGCAAGACUUUUGCAGACAUCCCCCAGGACAAGAGAAGAGGGCGGCCCUCCAGGGUCACUAGACUAACUGGAAGAACAAGUUCUGGGGAGAGGGGGAAAGGAAAGGUGGCAAGCUCACAACAGAAGCCGGUGGCACAGGAUCCCGACACCAGGGUGUCUAUUUCUGCAGACGGCAGCUCCUCAGCAAACAGAGAGACCAGCUCUCCUGUAGUGCCCGGGACACCUGAGAGAGGCCCCACAGAGCUCCAUUGUAGCCCCGUUGUUGUUCAGACUAAGGAAAAGUCAUAUGGGGUGAAGCGGGCCGCAUUGAUGCAGCAGUCUGUUGAAGAGGUGAGGCCCAUGGGGAAGGAUGGCACGCUGACGGAGCAACAGUUGGGCCUCCGGCAGGCAGAGGAGCGCCUGUACAGAGACUACAUCCACCGACUGCUGAAACACUCCCCUGACUACCCAAACUAUCAAUAUUUAUGCAAGCUCUGUUCUGUACACAUUGAGAACAUUCAAGGAGCACACAAACACAUCAAGGAGAAGAGACACAAGAAGAACAUUAUGGAGAAACAGGAGGAGAACGAGCUGCGUGCACUGCCGCCCGCCUCCUCCGCCCAGUUGAAGGCUGUGGACGAGGCCGUCCAGGACACUGCGAGGCAGCACGGCAUCUCAGAGGAGGACUUUGAGGUUCGGAAAGCCGUGGUCAUCAAGAUGGAAGAGAUCAUAAAGAGGCACCUCUCAGAUUGUGCUCUCCGUCUCUAUGGUUCAUGUCUUACCCGAUUUGCCUUUAAGACGAGUGAUAUCAACAUUGAUGUCACCCACCCCCCCUCAAUGACACAACCUGAGGUCUUGAUACAAGUGCUGGAAAUUCUUAAAAAAAGCUCUGAAUUCUCUGAGGUUGAGUCAGAUUUUCAUGCCAAAGUUCCUGCAGUGUUCUGUCGGGAUGUUAGCAACGGCUUGAUGUGUAAAGUGAGUGCAGGUAACGACGUUGCUUGUCUCACCACCAAUCAUCUGGCAGCCUUGUCUAGACUGGAACCCAGAUUAAUCCCCCUGGUGAUGGCCUUCCGAUACUGGGCGAGGCUGUGUCACAUUGACUGCCAGGCUGAGGGGGGCAUCCCCUCGUACUCCUUAGCCCUCAUGGUCAUCUUCUUCCUGCAGCAGAGGAAGGAGCCGGUACUCCCCGUCUACCUGGGCCGCUGGAUUGAAGGCUUCGAUGUGAAGCGUGUGGACGAGUACCACUUAACUGGAAUAUCACUAGACAUCUUUGUUCGUUGGGAGCGCAGACUCGUAAGCUCCACAGACAACCGGAACGAAGCCAGGGGAGAAGGCAGAGCCAAGCCGGAGCAGAAAAAAAUCCCUGACACUCAUUACUCCGAAGGCAUUACUCGCCUAACUUUGGACCUGUGCAGAGAUGUGUCGCCGGGCCAGCUGUGGUUGGAGCUCUUGCGUUUCUACACCCUAGAGUUUGCACUGGAAGAACACAUCAUCAGCAUCCGCCUGAAGGAGCUCCUCUCUAGAGAAGGGAAGAACUGGCCUCGGCGCAGGCUCGCUAUUGAGGAUCCUUUUGCCUUGAAGAGGAAUGUCGCGCGGAGCCUCAACAGCCAAAUGGUAUUUGAGUACAUCCACGAGCGCCUACGUUCGGCUUACAAAUACUUUGCGUGCCCUCAGAGAAGAAGCAGCAGCUCUGUGGCGUGCCAGAGACAGGCAGACAACCGGGGUAAAACAUUGGAAGAGCUUGAGGAGGAGGAAGUAGAAGAGGCUGGUAAAGGCCGUCCCUCUUGGGGGGGAUUGCGCAAAAUUAAGGAGGAUGAGAAACCUGACAGUGAUGAUGAUGAAGAUGGAUCCGACCCGUCCAGUAAAAGUACUGAGCAGACUUUGGAUGCAAGCCUCAUGGACAUGGUUCUCCAUGCGAGGGUCAAACCAGUCCUCCGCCCCAACGGCCUGCCAGACAGUGACAAGGAGGAAGAGGAGAAGGAUGAAGAAGCGGAGGGAAGCAGUGUUUCAGCUGCUGACGGACUUGUUGCGUCAGAAGAUCUUCACUAUGUGUUUGAUAAGAUGAUCUUUACUAAUGGGAAGCCCCCAACCGUUGUGUGUAGCAUCUGCAAGCGAGAUGGUCACCUGAAGGACGAGUGCCCUGAAGACUUCAAGAAGAUCGAGCUGAAGCCUCUGCCUCCCAUGAACGACCGCUUCAGAGAUAUCCUCGAUGGGCUCUGCAAAUUGUGCUUCUAUGAAUUGUCACCUACACCCACAGAGCAGCAGAAGAGGGAGCAGAUCCUUUGCAGCUUAGAACGAUUCAUCAGGAAGGAGUACAAUGAAAAAGCUCAACUCUGCUUGUUUGGAUCCUCAAAGAAUGGGUUUGGCUUUCGUGACAGUGACCUUGACAUCUGCAUGACUCUGGAGGGCCAUGAGACUGCUGAGAGGCUGAACUGCAAAGAGAUCAUUGAAGCCCUCGCAAAAGUGCUAAAGAAGCAUACAGGUUUGAGGAACAUCUUGCCCAUCACAACAGCUAAAGUGCCUAUUGUGAAGUUUGAACACAGACAGAGUGGUUUGGAGGGAGAUAUUAGCCUUUAUAAUACUCUGGCUCAACACAACACCAGGAUGCUGGCUACAUAUGCAGCCUUGGAUCCACGUGUGCAAUUCCUGGGAUACACAAUGAAGGUCUUUGCCAAGCGCUGCGACAUUGGGGAUGCGUCCAGAGGAAGCCUCUCAUCUUAUGCCUACAUCUUGAUGGUGCUUUACUUUCUGCAGCAGAGGCAGCCACCAGUCAUUCCAGUCUUACAGGAGAUCUUUGAUGGGAAUGUUGUCCCCCAGCGGAUGGUAGAUGGCUGGAAUGCUUUCUUUUGUGAUGACCUUGAGGAUCUGCGUCGACAUCUCUCAAAGCUGCAGCCAAACCUGGAGUCCGUGGGGGAGCUGUGGUUGGGGCUCUUGCGCUUUUACACUGAAGAGUUUGACUUCAAAGAGCACGUCAUCAGCAUCCGCCAAAGGAAACGCCUCACCACCUUCGAGAAGCAGUGGACUAGUAAAUGCAUCGCUAUUGAAGAUCCCUUUGAUUUGAAUCAUAAUCUUGGCGCUGGAGUUUCCCGCAAAAUGACAAACUUCAUCAUGAAGGCCUUUAUAAACGGAAGAAAGUUGUUUGGGACUCCAUUCUGCCCUUUACAGGGAACCGAAGUGGACUACUUCUUUGACUCAAAGGUGUUGACAGAUGGGGAGUUGGCGCCCAAUGACCGGUGCUGCAGAAUCUGCGGGAAGAUUGGACACUACAUGAAGGACUGUCCAAAACGACGCAGGAUGAAGAAGAAGGAAAACGACAAAGACGAGGACACAAAAGAGGAGGAGCGUGAGCUGAAGGACAGGCGUUGUUUUCAGUGUGGGGACAUGGGACAUGUAAGAAGAGACUGUCCCGAGUAUCGUCACCUCAAGCAGAGGGCCACCGGCGCACCAGCUCCUCACAUGGUACGGACUGUAUUGAGCUCCCAGUCCAUCCCAAUUCCCCAGACAGCUGCAGACGGUCCAGGAAGGACCAGGCAGCCCUCUGAAUGUUCCGAUAGUCGGCAGACUCCGCCCUACUCUCCGCAGUCCACAACUGCUCUUCCGAGUUCCUCAAAGAUCUCCAGUUCCCCUCAGCCCUCCCACAUUAAGACCAGUCCUGCCGGAGCCGCAAAGCAGCCUGUUCAGACCCACGUCCCCCUGUCUCUCUUCAGCUUCCCCGCCACCCAUCCAGGCCAGUACCACCCAGCAGCGGCGCUCAGCGCACUGGGGCUGCUUCCCUCCCACCAGCACCAGUCGCGUCAGUCCCAGGGGCCGCCUCAUCACCCGGUGCACGUCCCUUCCACGGCCUGGCCCAUUCACGGACCAGUCCUCACCACGUCUUCUCCAAACGGCCCCUCCCCGCCUGGCCUGAAGUUCGCCCUGCGUUCGGCGACGGGAAACGGGAGUCCUACAGGUACAGGGGGCAAUCCCAGCCCCAUGAACCUGAACGACCCCAGCAUCAUCUUCGCCCAGCCGGCGGGGAGACAGCUGGGCAUCGGGCCUGGACGGGAAGGACACUGGCACAACCACUUGGCACAGACUGGGUCACUCAUGGGCAAUGGCACUGUGGUCAAGUCAGAGUCAAGCCACCCAGCCCAGUUUGGAGGCGUAACCCAGGGCUCGCGGUUAUGGGAUCACAAUAAAACCCCACAGUACGCCCUGCCUCCAUCGUGGCCUUACCGAAUGCCCCAGAACUUUAUCCAGCAGGGCAACAGCGGCUACCCGCCUGGAAAACCAUUUGUGGCCCAAGGGCCUGCUGUGCAGCCCAAUCCAAACUUCCCGCUGCUCCCCCACGUCCGACAUCCAGUGAAUUUGAAUUUCGUUCAACAGAAGAAGUGAACUUCCAUUUCCUUAUAAUUCAUAUCCUGGUCAGUAACAUAGCAAAGCAAAAUUCUGUACUCUUUGCAUCAUUUGAUCACAAGAUUUUUUAAAGACUUUUAUCUCUUUUGUACAGUUUUUAUUUUUUGUCUCAUUACAUUGAUUUGUGAUACAAAUGUAAAAUAUUUUAAUACCCCCAUUUUUGAGGGGGUCCAAAAAAGUGUUUUUAUUUCAUGUGUAAAGUAUGGAGGAAAAAUGCAAACCUUUAUUUUUAUUAGCUGUAUUCAUACUUUGCUUGCCACAAGAAGUCUUUGAAUAGAAGUUUGUUUUAAAAACAGUCUAACAUGCCCCCUUAAGUAUGUAGUCCCAAAAUAGCAAGAAAAAAGGGAAAAAUAAAGGAAAGAAAGUAAACUGUA